CUUCAGAUGCUCAAAAACAUGCAAUUGAAACUUUAUUAUUUUGUCCAGUAAACUGUAGUUAUUGAAAACUUAUUAAAUCACUCCUUAUUUCGAUGCUCCAACAACUAGACAUCAUGAUCAAAUAUGUGAGGGCGUGUGUUUAUUAUGUCUGUAUUUAUUCGUUCUCAAAAAAUACAAAACAUUUGAUUUGUUUUCAUUCAAAACUGGUGUUUGUCUAUUAUACAAACUAGUGUGGAUAUGCUUUAAUUUGAAGCUGUUGAUCUGUCGCAUUGUGAAAACGCAUUUACUUUGAUUGGACAGAUAUAAUGUUCAACACACAAACAAACACACACGCACACAGACACACAUACUCACAGUAGUGCAUCUGUGCAGGCUCUCUUGAGCGCAGCGGCGUGUUUAAAUGCUCUGCUCAGCCGUCUUCCCAUUGGCUGCUUGUGGUAGAUGAUGUUCGCCAAUCACACACAGAACUGUACAAAGAGAUCUACUCCCUCCCCCUCACCAGCUUCAGCACCACCAACGUUAACAGUGCAACGAGCUGCUGGACGGUGUGUGAUGCGUUUAUAGCUCAGAUAUGAAAGUUAGAUCGUAUAUUUAAGCUUCUGAAAUGAACGGCAAUGCAUGGAAUAUGUCAAUCGGAGUGGCCAAGCCUCUAAUAGAAGUGGAUGUUAUUUUCGAUUUUCUCUAUGGGAAAUAACACAUCCUAACGGAUCUGGGAUGACAAAGACAAUGCACUACCGAGACUGGAGAUGGCAGGCGAUUUGGUGGCAUUAUUUCUUUCUCCUGUGGAGUACAACAGCCGCACAGACUCGUCACAGCAUCCCAGAGGAGCUAAAGCAGGGUUCUGUGGUAGGAAAUCUAGCGAAAGACCUUGGUUUGGGACUGUCUGAGAUUUUCAACCGUAAACUGCGUGUAUCCUCUGAGGCUGAUGAGCAGUAUUUCAGUGUGGAUGCGGGGAAGGGCGAGCUGGUGGUGAAUGACAGAAUAGACAGAGAGGCUUUGUGUGGACAAAGCGUCAGCUGCGUGUUGCCUCUGCAGAUUGUCCUUGAAACCCCCCUAACUUUACAUCGAAUUGAGGUAGAAAUUAAGGAUAUAAAUGAUAACGCCCCCAGAUUUCACUCAAAGGAAACGGCUUUGAAAAUUUCUGAAUCGGCAGCCGUGGGAGCUCGAUUUCGAUUACAGAGCGCAGAAGAUUUAGAUGUUGGAAGUAAUUCGGUGAAAUCGUACACGCUUACCAAAAACGACUGUUUUACGUUGAAAAUGAAGGAGGUUGAGGAUGGAAAAACUGUUCCGGAGCUAGUGUUAGAGAAGCCACUGGACAGAGAGAAGAAAGCAGUUCACCAGCUUCUGCUGACAGCAUUAGACGGUGGGAAUCCAGUCAUGUCUGGAACCUCACAGAUCACAAUCACUGUGCUUGAUGUAAAUGAUAAUUUCCCAGUAUUUGAUCAAAAUUCAUAUAAGGUUUCCUUACCUGAGAAUACUGCAAAGUAUACUUUUGUUAUUAAGGUGACAGCAACUGACGCUGACGAGGGACCAAACGGUGAAGUUAAUUUCUCUUUUGACUCCCGGACGCUUGAUUCUGUCACAUCAAUGUUUGAAAUCAAUUCAGUAACGGGUGAAAUAUAUUUGAAAGGAGAUUUAGAUUAUGAAAAAGACACAUCUUACAAAAUAGAAAUAACUGCAAAAGACAAAGGUGUUCCUGAAAUGGAGAGUCACUGUCGUCUGCAGAUAGAUGUUGUGGAUGUUAAUGAUAAUACUCCAGAAAUUGUUCUCACCUCUGAACCACAGCCAGUGCGCGAGGACGCACCGAGUGGCACAGUGGUGGCUUUGCUCAACGCACGUGACGCGGACUCGGGUAAUAACAGCAAAGUAACACUGCAGCUACCCAAAGGUUCUCCUUUUACGCUAAAACCAUCAUUUUCUAAUAAUUAUGCACUGGUAACAAAAGGUGUUUUGGACCGAGAGCGUUUCUCUCAGUAUAACAUUGAGAUCACAGCCACUGAUUCAGGUUCUCCUCCUCUGUCCAGUAAGAAAACUAUUCCGGUUACUGUCGCUGAUGUGAAUGACAACCCUCCUGUAUUCACUCAGUCCUCCUAUAAUGUAUAUUUAAAAGAGAAUGGAGUUCCAGGAUCUAUACUGUACUCAGUAUCAGCCUCUGACCUGGAUUUUGGAGAAAAUGCUAAAAUCUCUUACUCUAUACUGGACUCUAAAGUGCAGGACGUUUCUGUCUCAUCGUAUGUUUACAUUAACUCAGAUAACGGAAGCAUCUACAGCAUGCACUCGUUUGACUAUGAGAAACUCAAGGUGUUUCAGAUUCAGGUUCAGGCAAAGGAUCAGGGCUCUCCGUCUCUCAGCACCAACGCUACUGUCCAUGUUUUUAUCCUGGACCAGAACGACAACGCACCCGCUGUUAUUUACCCCUCCUCCGCUGCCAUGGGCUCCCUCUCUCAUCAGAGGAUGCCCCGUCCCGCCAAAGCGGGUCACCUGGUUACCAAGGUGACAGCUGUGGACGCUGACUCGGGCCAUAACGCCUGGAUCUCCUACAAACUGACGGAGGCCACAGACGCGUCUCUGUUCACUGUCAACCUGUACACAGGGGAGGUGAGGACUAAACGCGCUGUGUCCGAGCAGGACGACUCCUCUCAGAGGCUGCUUAUAGAGAUCAGAGACGACGGGGAACCGGCCCAGUCCUCCACCGUCACGGUGUCCAUCCUGCUGGAGGACGGUCUCCAUGAGCCCAUCUUAGACCUGCGACAGAAGGUAGCAGAGCCCAGCAAGAAAAAUGGGAGAAUCGCCCUUUAUCUGAUUCUCUCUCUGGCCUCGGUGUCCGUGCUGUCUCUGUUGACUUUUCUCAUCUUAGCGGUUAAAUGCAUCAGGAACAGCAGAAGCAGCGGUAGUUGCUGCAUGAGACGGAGCGACUGUGAUGAUUACAAGAACCCCAACAGAAACCUGCAGAUUCAGCUCAACUCUGAUGGACCCAUAAAGUACGUGGAGGUGCUGGGAGGAGACAUGUUGUCUCAGAGUCACUCCUUCAGGUCCUGUAUGUCUCCAAUGUCAGAGUACAGUGAUUUCACUUUGAUUAAGCCCAGCAGCACCACUGACUUUAAGGAGGUGAUCAGUGUCCUGGAUGCGUCUUUACCUGACAGCACCUGGACCUUUGAGAGCCAGCAGGUGAGCAGACAUAUAAUUGAACUGCUGUGUAAUCUAUAUCACAUGCUGCUGUUGGUAACAAGUCACAAACACUUGCGAUUUUAUAUUUUACCUGCAUGUGUAUAGUUUGGUAUUUGUAUGUGUUUUUAACUUGUGAUACUACAUUGUCAUAUUU